CACUAUUUCCGGUCUAUGGGUAUUGUUGUUGUUGAGAAAACAUGGCGACCUCCUCCUCCAAGCAGGUUUCAGUUUGGGACGGUCCGAAAGUGUAUAAACACCAUGAACAACAAUCUGUUUGUCACACACGACCAAAGUACAGAGAUGGAAGGAGACCGAAGGCUGUGAAGGUAUACACUAUCAAUCUUGAAUCCCGCUACUUACUGGUGCAAGGGGUGCCAGCGAUUGGUGUGAUGACAGAGUUGGUGCAGCUUCUCGCGCUGUAUGGAGCUAUAGAAGAGUAUCGUGUGCUUGACGAAUAUCCUGCCGAAGAGUUCACUGAAGUGUUUCUCUUCAAAUUUCAAAAGCUCACAAGUGCGAGGGCAGCUAAACGAAACACUGAUGAGAAGAGCUUUUAUGGAGGGUUACUGCACGUGUGUUACGCUCCUGAGUAUGAGACUGUGGAGGAUACCAGGCAGAAAUUACAGGACAGAAGGAGAUACGUGAACAGAGUGGCUCAAAGCAAAGAAAAGGAACGUGAGCCAAAAAGUGAAGAGAGCAGGCCACUUGCUACACCAGGAAGGACCGAUUCACAGGAGACAUGUGAAGAGCCGGUAUCACAGAAUGUUCCAAAGGAGAGGAGUUCAAGCUACAGAGACCAUUACCAAGGAUUUCCUUUGCUUCCUUUGCCCCCUCAAGAGAAGCUCCUGUGCUACCCGCCAUAUUCUGGUCAAUUGCAGCAGGGGAGGGAGUUACCCACAGAGGACAAAAUGGGCUCCUUGCACCACUACAUUGAUCCCAGCAAAGACCCUAAACUCCAUGUGGCUCAACGAGAACGGGAGACAAACAGCAGACCGAUCAAGAAAGCAUCUUCACAUGUACGAUUUUUACCAAGACCUACUCACUUAGACAGUAGGAAACGCAAAGCAGAGAUGACAAUCAGUCAGUCAUUAAUGGGUAUCAGUGAUGAAGGUGGACGUAUUAUCGGACCCCAGUUACCGGAAAUGCCAAAGACAGACUUACAAGAUGCUUCUUUAAACAUUACAGCCAACAUAAUAAGGACCACAAUGUCGACGAUUGCCUCAGUUCCAGAACUAAAGCCACCAGAGAAAAAGGCAGUUACUGCUAAGCCAAGGCGAAGAAUUUAACCACACCAUUCCUCUCUAUUUCUGCUGGAAUCCAGCAAAGUUUAAUGUUGUUGUAAUAAAAUAAACGUGUUGAAAAAUAAA